GAUCGACUUGUCCAGAAAAUGAAAACUGAAUUCUGAAGCUUGGCAUAAGCAAAAAUUAAUUAUUUGACACAAAUUCUAACCUCAUGUUAUUCCAACUGAAUGAUUUUAUUGUGAUAUACAAAGUUGGAACUAUCUAAUAUUCUUCGUUGAUCAUUCUUUAUUUGAGUUAUUUGUUUUUGAAUGUAACUGGAAUUUCGUUUUGUUGUUAUUAUUUGGUUCAGUAUUUCCUAUGAUGGCUGGUAGAAAUCGUCAAGUGCCCCAUAAGAAUCUAACAACGAUAUUUUGGAAACUUCAAGGAGCUUUUUCAGAUGUCGUCAGUCAUCCUAAAUAUGUUACUGAUAAACAAUCUCUAGACAAAACCUGGAAAUUAAUGGAUAGAGUCGUGAAACUGUGUCAACAUCCCAAAAUGAAAUUGAAAAAUUCUCCACCGUUUAUAUUGGAUAUUCUACCUGAUACCUACCAGAGAUUAAGACUCAUUUACUCUAAAUAUGAAGAUAAUAUAAGUGUAUUACAUAAUAUAGAAUAUUUCAAUAUCUUCAUCAUCAAUUUGAUACGAAAAUGUAAACAGGCUAUAAAGUUAUUCAAAGAAGGUAAAGAGAAGAUGUUUGAUGAAAACUCCCAUUAUCGAAGAAAUCUCACAAAAUUAAGCCUUGUAUUUAGCCACAUGUUGAGUGAAUUGAAAGCUUUGUUUCCAAAUGGUGUGUUUGCAGGGGACCAAUUCCGUAUUACUAAAUCUGAUGCUGCAGACUUUUGGAGAACUAGAUUUAAUAAUAGCACUCUUGUUCCAUGGAAAGUAUUCAAACAAGAACUUCACAGUGUUCAUCCUAUUCGUUCAGGACUUGAAGCAAUGGCGUUGAAGUCAACAAUAGAUUUAACAUGUAAUGAUUUUAUAUCAAAUUUUGAGUUUGAUGUUUUUACAAGGCUAUUCCAACCAUGGAGUACACUGUUAAGCAACUGGCAGGUACUGGCGGUAACACAUCCAGGGUAUGUUGCAUUCCUGACUUAUGAUGAAGUAAAGGCAAGACUGAAAAAAUACAUAGGAAAGGCCGGGAGCUACGUUUUUCGACUUUCUUGUACAAGGUUAGGUCAAUGGGCUAUUGGUUAUGUAACUCCAGAAGGAGAUAUACUUCAAACUAUACCACAAAACAAAAGUUUGAUACAAGCACUUAGAGAUGGUUACAAAGAGAGAUUUUAUUUAUAUCCAGAUGGUAGACCUGUAAAUCCUGAUCUAUCCUUUGCGGUUCAGCCUACACCAGAAGACCACAUUGCUGUCACUCAAGAACAAUAUGAACUUUACUGUGAAAUGGGAAGCACAUUCCAAUUAUGUAAGAUAUGUGCUGAAAAUGACAAGGACAUUCGAAUAGAGCCAUGUGGACAUUUGCUCUGCACACCUUGUCUCACAUCAUGGCAAAUUGAUUCAGAAGGCCAGGGCUGUCCAUUUUGCAGAGCAGAAAUUAAAGGCACAGAACAAAUCGUGGUUGAUCCUUUCGACCCAAAAAAAUCUCAUAAUUUACAAAGGAUUUCACAGAAUGCAAAUAAUGUAUGUAUACUCGAUGAAGACGAUGUAGAGAUGGAAAUGUCAAGCGAUCAUAAUAUUCACAACAAUGCUCAUAGCUAUGUUGAAUGACUUCAAGUACUACUAUAGGAUGUACCUUUACUUUUGGCAAAGGCCAAUUUUAAUCAUUCUUUAUUAAUUGGGGCCUUACACAGGUAACGGUAAUUUUCAGAGGGAUACCACAUUAUUCAUUUGUAUAUGUACAAAAUGGUUGGUUUGGUUUAAGCAGGACUGCUUUGCUGAAAAAGUUCAAUAUCCAUUGAUGCUGAUUUCUAAAGGUUCAUUUAGAUAUUAAGGGAAAUAUAUGUCAAGAAUUUCGUUGGAUCCACACUAUGAUACAAGUACAAACUUCAUCCUUUUAUUUCAACUGUCCUCUAUAAAUUGAUACUCUUUCUUCAGGUCGAUCAAUAUAGGAAUUCAUAAUAUGAUUUUCAUUUGAGGGCAUUUCCUCUUAGAACAUUUUAUGUUAAAGGGUUAAAUAUAAUGUUUUCAUCGUGUUAGCAAUUCAUUCUAAUACAAUAAAUGAAACACAUCAACUAUUCAGAUUCUAUUCAUAAAUAAGUCUUUUGUCAUGCUUUUCUAUACUCUUUCCUUUAAAAUAUGUUUUUAGUGAAACAAUCAAAAUUUUUUUUUACACUCCCAAAUUUAAAAGUUCCAGUUCAGAUUCCAUUUGAAAUAACUAAAUUAUCAUAAUUAUAUAUUUUUGAUUAUUAGUAUCCAAAAGUGAACAAGUUUUUGCCGUUUUCAAAAUGGAAUAAUUUUCCAAUAAAUCUCAUUUGUUAAGUUUAUAUUACUGAUAUCCAUUGAAUAAAUUAUCAUUUGACAACAACCAAUUUUUGAAGUUUCUCAUAAAUCUCUUAUGUGGUAAGGUAGAUUUUCACCACAUGCUCUGCAUCAAUAUUUGUUCACUUAGUAUGUCGAUGCAGAACAGACAUAAUAAUGACUGAUGCAAAAUGCUGCAGCUUGACUAUUAAGAAAUAUUGGUUGCUAUUCUGUUAGGCUGUUUAUUUUCUUACAUACUAUGGUGCAUUCCGACUAAGUGAAAUUUUUAAUUUUAGAUCAAACCCUUCAACAUGAAAUCAAAUAACAUUCGUUUCAAUCAUUUUCUAAAAAUUUCAACGUAAUUCAGAUAUUUUCAAAAUCAAAUAGAUACUUGAUACAAUGAUGUGUAUAUUUCAAGUUCAGGUACGUCAUUGAAGACUGCUUCAAUACAUUGUUAAAUUUCAAUAGUGCUCUUCAGGAUCAGUGAAAUAAAAAUAAUAUUUAAUCAAUCUUUUAAACAAACAAUAAACACAAAGUGAGGAAUAAUCAUAUCAUUCAAAACCUACUCACCUUUGAUGUAAUAAAUUAUGAAACAUAUCAAAAAUUAUAUUAUUUGCAUUAAGUUAGGAAUUUUUUUUCCCAAAUGUAAUGAAGAUGUAUUUUUUGUGAAGAUCGAAAAAGAAAUGGAACUGAUGCACUGCAGCAGUCUUCAAAGAAAUUCUAAAUAAUAUUUCAAGUGCAGGUAUUUCUCAGUGUUAAAUUUCAUGUAUUUGAAUUUUAUUGAAACUUUGAGAGUGUUUUAGAAAGUAAUCUAAAAAUCUAGGUGUAGCAUAAUUGCCAAAAAACAAGAUGACUCAAAAAUUCAGGAAUUAUACAAAAAUAAUCAAAAUUUCAAAAUAAACAUUUGUAGCUACAAAUGCAGCAUAAAUAAAUAUGCUCUUAGUAAAAAUAGGGAAUACAAAGUUUCCCAAUUAUCAAUAAAUACUAUUUUGUCUUGUUUAUAUCCAUAUUGUGAAAUACUAGUGCUGUAAAAAUGUGCCAUUUUCUUCACUGACCCUUGGAUAAAGCUUUUUAUAACAAUACACAAAAGUAGUUUCUUUUGUUCACUAGGCAGGUUAUUUGUACGAAUUAUUUCCAAACAAGAAGAGGGAGGACACCAUGUAGUGUCUUCCAAGAAGAAAACUUUCAAAAACACUCUGCUUUUUUCAAUGCAUUCAUACCUAUUUCCUUAAUAACUCCAACUUGGCGUGAUAAAAUUCUCAGUGCAAUAAAUUGUCCAACGAUAUGUUGUUUCUUCUGUAUGUAUUUUUUUAAAACUCAUUUCGACGAUAAAAUGUAUUUUCUUACGCAUCCUUCAAUUAUUUAUUGGUUUUAGUAUUCAUCAUUUAUGUAUUGUAAAUGAUCAUUUUAUGCGGGAAAAGGUAAAAUAUUCUUUGUAUUAAGUAGAGUAUGUACCUAAUAGUAUCUUAUCUGAGGCCAGAAUUGAAUGGGUUUCGACUCUAAUAUUCAAGAGAAUAUGCAAUUCUGCAUUUAUUCUCACCUAUAUUGCUUUAAUUUUGAUAUUCUUUUUUCUUAGGGUUUCCGUUCGAUUCCUAGUUGUUUCUUCAUGUGAUGUAGAUUUCAAGUAGGUUAUGGAAAAAUCAGAAAGAAAACACCAAAUUGGAAGCCUUAAUCAAUAUUCUCAUGAUUGAAUUUUCUUUAUUACUCUGAUCAGUGAUUGUCUAAUUUUUUUGUUCUUUCUUUCUGACUUUUCCAUCUUCGAGCCAGGACAUUACGAAAUCGUUUAGGUACUGAUAUUUAUUAUGCAAAAAUCAUUUAUUUAUUUUUAAUCUUCUGAAUACUGUAUCUAUAUUUUAUCAUUAUUAUAAUUAUACUUCGUUAAUAAAUUAUAACGAAAUUA